AGUGUGAAAUCUGGCUUAAGUGUUCUGUAUACUUAUUUGAUAAGACAACUCAUGAAUUGUUUAUUUGCCAUUUUGAUUUUUAUCAUGAUCAUGUUUGUUGAGAAAACACCUCGCAGCAUAAACAUAACACUACCAUAGUUCGCUCACAGAAUGAUGGGAUUGUUAAAUGUAACAUGCACUAUUUGCAUUACAAAAGAGGAAGGUUGUGUUGUGCUUGAAGCUCUCAAUCAAUGGAAGCAUUGUAACACAAAUGUUGUCAAAUCUUGUGACGAGGAAAAUUAACAAGGUUGCUCAAAGUCUAACUCGGGCAUCAAAAUUAGGGACUAGCCCCAUUUUUUCUAUGAUCAUUGAAAAAAAAGACUCAUUCAAUUUUUUUAAUAUUUAAGAAACUGAGUUUAAAACAAUCCAAACGGCAUUAGUAACAAAUAUUUAACUAUUUAAAACACUAAUAUGAAAAAAUAAAAUUAGAGCACGAUUUUAAAACUUUUAAUUGAAAACAAUUUUGAGAUCCUCUUGGGUCCCCUAAACGGUGACGUGUUAUACAAGCAUAGAUGAAAAAUUGAAAUCCCAAAAUACCCCUUCUAUAUAAAUAUACUCCAAUAUUGUGCUACAUCUACUCUUCCACUGUGCUACACUUUCCAGUUUCCACCACAAAAAAAAAAUAAAAAAAUAGAGUCUAAUAUAUAUUGUGAAGAUGAAGGGAAUAUUGCAAGGAAUAAAACCAAUGAUGCUAAUGGUGAUUGUGCAAGUUUCAUAUGCAGCUGUGAAUAUAAUAUACAAACUUGCCAUUAAUGAUGGAAUGAGUAUGAGAGUGGCUUCCGCUUACCGUCUCACUAUUGCAUCGGCUUUCACUCUUCUCAUUGCUUUUUUCUUUGAUAGGAAGAAGAGACCAAAGAUUACUUGGAAGGUUCUUUAUCUAGCAUUUUUCUCAGGAUUGUUUGGGGGAAGUUUACUUUUAAAUCUUUAUGGCCUUGGCCUGGAUUUUAAUUCAGCAACGUUUAUGUUGUCCAUGUACAACCUUGCUCCUGGAAUUACCUUCAUCAUGGCCAUAUCCAUCGGAUUGGAAAAGCUAAAUUGGGGAAUAGUGGAGGGAAAGGUGAAGGUAAUAGGAACAAUAGUUAGCAUUGGUGGGGCAAUGCUGAUGACACUUUACAAAGGAGUAGAAAUUAAUAUUUGGUCUUCAAAGAUCAACCUUAUGCAUUCACAUAAGAACCAAAAUGGGCAUAUACCACAACAUGUCGACUUUAGUAAUAAACUGGUGGGUGUUCCAUGUGCCAUAGGAAGCGUUUGCUCUUUUUCUUUGUGGUUAAUCAUCCAGGCUAAGUUGAAUGAAGAAUAUCCAAGCCAUCAUUCAUGCUCAGCAUUGAUAUGCACAAUGGGAGCAUUACAAGCUAUUGUUUUUGCUCUUUGUGUCGAUAGGGAUUGGACUCAAUGGAAGCUCGGUUUUGAUAUCAGGCUUCUCACUAUGCUUUAUUCGGGAAUUGUACCUUCUGGAAUAGCGAUUAAUGUCAUUGCUUGGUGCAUUAAGAUGAGAGGUGCUCUAUUUGUGGCUAUUUUUAAUCCUCUUCAGCUUUUACUUGUGAUUAUCUCUGCUUAUUUGUUGUUGGAUGAGAAGUUAUAUUUAGGAAGUGUGACUGGAGCAGUGUUGAUAGUGUGCGGUCUAUAUGCAGUGCUUUGGAGUAAAAGCAAGGAAAUGAAAAAGAAAGCUCAGUUAGAAAUCACCAAUGAGUUGGAAGAAGUAGAGUUUGUUAUGUCUAAUCCUAAUCCUAACAAAUGUGUCCAAAACAACCGAACUCAAACCACUACUAUUGGGAAUGUUACCAACAAUCAUAAAUAAUAUUCCACUAUAAUCAUGUUACAUGUCAAUGGUACAGUUUAUUAACUUGUGACAAAUCUCUCAUGUUUUUUGUUCCUCAAAGUUGUAGAGGAAUCUUAUAAGCCUUUACCUCAACGAGCUUCGAACAUUGGAAUCAAAAGAGAGACUUGCAACAACAAAUACGUUAUAUAGCUUAAGAAAAUAAAUUAGUAAUUUUGAGCAUCUCCGGUUGGAGUCUUUCUAGCUAAUAGGUACCACAAAUUAAUAACUGAGAGAAAAUAUGAGAGUGCUUAAUUGAGACCAAUGCUUGUGUUAUUGUAUAGACAUUAUAUCUCUCUUCUAUGACAUGUAGGCCCUGCCAUUAAAAACAAGUCAUAAAUGAUAUAUUAUAUUUUUUAA